UGACUCGAUUACACAACACAAUUACAUUUAGUGGAUUUCGACAUUCAAGAAAAAAGAAUGUCGAAAUCCACCAAAUAUUUCUUGCCUUUUCUCUUUGUUCUUAUCUGCAACCUUUCUUCUUUAUUUACAUUUGCAGCCACGGUAGAUGAUACCGUCUUUGAAUCUUUCCUUCAAUGCCUACAGAACAACACAGACCCAAAAGACCAAGUCACAGAUCUUGUUUACACGAAAACCAACGAAGCCUACACUUCAGUUCUUCAAUCAUACAUUAGAAACGCUAGAUUAAACAAAUCAACAACUCCAAAACCCUCUAUAAUUUUAACUCCAAAACAAGUAUCCCAUGUCCAAUCAUUUGUAAUCUGCACUAAAAAAGUUGGUUAUCAGCUUAAAAUUCGCAGUGGAGGACAUGAUUAUGAGGGAAUUUCUUAUAUUUCAGAUUCGCCGUAUUUUAUUCUUGAUAUGUUUAAUCUAAGAUCGAUUAAUGUUGAUAUAAAGAAUAACUCUGCUUGGGUUGAAUCGGGUGCUACACUUGGGGAAUUAUAUUACAGAAUUUGGGAAACGAGUAAAGUCCAUGGCUUUCCUGCUGGGAUUUGUCCUACGGUCGGUGUUGGUGGCCAUAUUAGUGGAGGUGGCUACGGUAAUAUGUUAAGAACAUAUGGGUUAGCUGUUGAUAAUGUUGUUGAUGCUGUAAUGGUUGAUGUUAAUGGUAAGGUUUUGGAUAGGAAACAAAUGGGUGAGGACUUAUUUUGGGCAAUUAGAGGUGGUGGUGGUGGAAGUUUUGGGGUUAUUAUUUCUUAUAAAGUUCAACUUGUUUCUGUUCCUGAAAUAGUUUCAGUUUUUAGAGUUCAAAAAUAUAUUGAUGAAGAUAAAACUACUGUUGAUCUUGUUUAUAAGUAUCAAUCAGUUGCUCCGACAAUUGACAAUGGUCUUUUUAUGAGGAUGUUAGUGCAGCCAUCGAGUUCAAAGAUCAACAAAGGUCAAAAAACAAUUAGCAUUACUGUUAAUGCUUUAUAUUUAGGAAAUGCAGACAGUGUUGUGAGUUUACUGAGUAAAGAAUUGCCUGAAUUAGGGUUAAUGAAAGAGAAUUGCAUGAAAUGCAGUGAAAUGAGUUGGAUUGAUUCUGUUCUUUGGUGGGCUAAUUUUGACAAUGCUACUUCUCCUAAUGCUCUUCUGGACAGAAAACUCAAUUCUGCAAAUUUCUUGAAAAGAAAAUCAGACUAUGUGCAAAACCCAAUUUCAAUAGAUGGGCUUAAUUCAAUUUUUACGAAAAUGAUUGAGUUGGGUAAAACUGGGUUAGUUUUCAAUCCUUAUGGAGGCAAAAUGGCCGAAAUUCCAGCCACUGAUGCUCCUUUCCCUCACCGGGCCGGAAAUUUAUAUAAAGUUCAGUAUUCAGUGAAUUGGGAAGAAGCAGGAGAUGCAGCAGAGAGCGAGUAUUUGGGUCAAAUAAGGGAAUUAUAUAGUUUUAUGACUCCAUUUGUGUCAAAUAAUCCAAGAAGUGCAUUUUUGAAUUACAGAGAUCUUGAUAUUGGUAUUAUGGAGCCUGGUAAAAACAGCUUUGAAGAAGGUAGUGUUUAUGGGUUUAAGUAUUUUAAUGGAAACUUUGAUAGACUGGUUAAAGUGAAGACUGCUGUUGAUCCGGAGAAUUUCUUCAGGAAUGAACAGAGCAUCCCUACUCUUCCAAGCAAGGCUUAAUAAUUUACUGCUGAUUUUUUAAGUACUAGAAAAAUACAAUGAUUGUUCAUUGUUAUUGAAAUAGAAAUUAAUGUGUUGUGUGUGUA